CUCACGCCUCCCCGCGCUCGCGGCCGGCCGAGGUGUUUUGGCCCGCGGGCGGAGCCGUAGUCAGUCUCCCCCGCGUCUGCGACCGGGAAAGCGGGUGUUCAGAAUCCCCGGUGGAGGUGCACGAUGUCGGAGAAGGAAGAGAAGCCGAGCGCAGGCUUUCCGCAGGCCGGCGCGGUGACUGUCAGCGACAUCCAGGAGCUGAUACGGCGCAAGGAGGAAAUCGAAGCGCAGAUCAAGGCCAAUUAUGACGUUCUGGAGAGCCAAAAAGAUAUUGGGAUGAACCAGCCUCUGGUGGACUGCGAGGGCUACCCCCGCUCCGACGUGGACCUGUACCAAGUCCGGACUGCCAGACACAACAUCGUCUGCUUGCAGAACGAUCACAAGGCAGUGAUGAAGCAGGUGGAGGACGCCCUGCACCAGCUGCACGCUCGCGACAAGGAGAAGCAGGCCCGGGACAUGGCUGAGGCCCACGAAGAGGCUGUGAGCUGCAACCUGGGCCUGAGCGAGGCCCUCGCCCCACCUCAGGCCUUCGCCAAAGUGAACAGCAUCAGCCCUGGCUCCCCCGCCAGCCUCGCGGGUCUGCAAGUGGAUGACGAGAUUGUGGAGUUUGGCUCCGUAAACACCCAAAACUUCCAGUCACUACAAAACAUUGGCAAUGUGGUACAGCACAGCGAGGGGAAGCCCCUGAAUGUGACAGUGACCCGCAGAGGGGAGAAACACCAGCUUAGACUUGUCCCAACACGCUGGGCGGGAAAAGGACUGCUGGGCUGCAACAUUAUUCCUUUGCAAAGAUGAUUGUCCCUGAGGAACAAUAACAGGAGAGCAUCUUCCCUUGCCUUGGACUUGGGUCUAGUGGGGUUUCCUCCUCCUCUCCCUGAAGCUUAAGGACCUGGAAGAGUCUGGAAGCUGCACUUCUAGAUGAUGGAAGCGCUGUGGCCUCCCACUGUAAUCUCUCGGGAUUUAAGGCACUGUUAAAAACUUGAUCGUGUUUAGCAUCUUUUGCAGAUUAGGCCAUGGCCUUAUGUGGGAAUCCUCUGAUUGUGGGCAAGUGGGCGGGAGUUAUUCUGGGAGGUGCUGUUGUGACUUUAUUCUUUUAGGAGUUAUUUCCCCCAAAUAAACACAGGUUUAUAAUGCUGAUAGGACCAUGUUAUCACCCCAACUGAAUUUCAUAUGAACCUCUCAGACCAGGAGUUAGAACACCCUUAUAGAAAGUUGGGUUGAACAAACCAAACCGACAAUUGUGCCAAAGUCAAAUUUGACCAACAGCAUUUUAGGAAUAUCAUCUUUUAGUGAAUGGGGUUUCCAGACACUCUGGCUUCCCCAUCAUCAUCUGUACCACGGCAUUGCUGCUCUGGAUACAGAAAUUGCAUCCUCAGCAGUUGGACUUCCAGGACCAGAAUUACUCCCUUUAGGAAUAGGGAAACGCAAGCAGCUCAGUGAGGUGUCAGCUUUUUUUACAUAACCCAUCAACGGGCAACAAGCUCUCUUCACUUCUAGAAUAAAAAAGUCUGCAAAUUAGCUUCUAAUUUGACUCUUUUAUAAUUGACCCUCCUUGUCAGGCCCUCAGAUCAGCACUAUUUUGUAAAUAGUUCGUGCAGACCACUGUCUCUCUUUCAGAGAUCUGGCACCUUUUGCGGAGGCAUGCCUGUUUGUGUUCCUUGGGUCUGGAUUUCCUUGGGUUGGCUACACAUACUCGCUUGUCCUGAAGAGUCGGUAUUGGGGUGUGCUUCCAGCCAUGGGUUCUCAUGCUCAGCUGGAAUGCCUUCCUGUGAGUGUGUUCCCCAGACGGUCAUAUAUCCACAUGUAUGUCCUCCACAUGCUGUGUUUACUAAUGUUUGCUGUUUAAAUUGUGUUCUAAUUCCAAGUAUUUUCCAAUCUCUUUUUAUAAGACUUAGAUGAUAAUAAACACAGCUUGUCCCAUC